CUUGCUAUGCAUUACGACAUUUGUUGUUUCCCAAACGUUUUCAUUGUUUCCUAGUCAGAACUAAGCGUGUUUCUCAAAUGUUAAUGUGACACUUGGCCAGUCUGGCGUAGUGGGUAUGGCGCCACCUUUAAAGGGAGAAGCCAAACCAAACAAAGAAGAACGAGAAGAAGAUGGACGCUGCUACGUCGACACGAUGCAGCCCGCCGAGCACGUCGUCUGCCCGCACGCGGAUGUCGACCUCUUCGCUGGUGACUCCAUCACUGCUCUCGCGGGAACAUCGGGCCCUGUUGCACGCCGUCAGGCUCGUGAACCGGAGCCUGGCGUGCAACGCAGCCGGCGCCACCUCCUUGGCGCGCCGCGAGCGCCGGCCGUGCUUGCAAAUCACCCCGCUGGCAGUGGCCGCGUUCGUCGCCGGCACCGCGCUGGUCGCCCUAGUGCUGCUGUUCAGGGGGAUGGUGCGGAGGCGGCUGACGGCCAGGCCGCCCCUGCGUUGCGGCACGGCCGACUGCUUGCGGCACGCCUUCCGGCUGCACUCGGCGUUGAACCGCUCGGUGGACCCGUGCCACGACUUCGGCGCCUUCGUCUGCGGCAGCGCCGGCGGCGACGUCCCGGACGUGAGGGACGAGCUGUGGCAGCAAUGGUCCGCCAGUGUGCUGCAGCUCCUCCAAACCAGCCACAAAAGAGCGGGCAGUGCCGAGGCGAAGAUGGCAGCCAUGCUUCGCUCCUGCCUCAGGAUCGAGCCGACCGGCACCUUCCGCGAGAACAUUGUCGCACUCCGCCAAUUCGUCGACGAGCGCAGACUCGCAUGGCCUGGAACUGAGCAGCGAGAGAAUGUGCACCCUUUGGACGUACUUCUCGACUUGGCCAUCAACUGGCAGAUGCCGCUCUGGUUCGGCGCCCGAGUGCUCCUCUCUGGCAGAGCCAGCAAGCGGGUGAUCGCCGUUCGCCUCGAACCCGCCCCACACCCGACCGCGCGGAUUGGCGCCAGUAGAGCUGGCCAGAUCUGCGCCGUACUGGAUGCCACCGCCCAGAUGCUGCAACUGUCAGCGGAGACUCCGCGUGCACCCGACCACACGCCGACCAGUCGUCGCGUGCCAGAGGACGAGCUGGCGGUGGAACUUACCGCACUGGACCACUACAUCUUCGACGCCCUGGCCCAGGUCAGCUCUCCGCUUCGACACUUGCCGGCCGUUGCCGAAAGCCUCAGAAACGUGCAGAAUCUGACGCCUAUCAUUACCGCCUCGGAGUGGUUGACAUUUCUUGGGCGCCACCUCGCCGACGUCGCCGCGAACGUGACCACGACGACUCAGAUACUGACAUCGAACCGGGGUCUCCUGACCACCGUGAGCUCCUUCCACGAGCAGUUCGAGCACACCGGGUUGCUCGCGCACAUCGCGCGUUCCUUGGUGGCGACCUUUGCCAACCUAUUCGCGGGGCAAAAAUCGAAGACCAGCGCCAGCGAUCCUGUGGUCUCCGCUGCGAACAAAGCCAGUUGCCUGUCCCAGGUAGAGGACGCCUACGGUCUUGUCCUGGCCGCCCACUAUGCCCGCUCCAGAGCCUACGACAGGAACAGUGUGGACGACCUGCUGAACGAGAUCGUGCGCUCCGCCUUCGCACUGACCUCGCCGGCGUCGCGCCGCGGAGUGAACGCAAGGUCGCGCCUCAAAAUGCUCCUAGUGGACCUCUGGCCGGUCUUUCGGGACGAGUCCCUGGAAGCUCUGUACGAGGACUUCCCUGAUUCGGGGAGGACAUACUUCCACUACUUCGUCGAAAACAGAAAGAGCAUCCGCCGCAAGCUACUGGAGUCGUCUCGGAACUUCGCGAAUGGCGUGUCCGUGCCCAGUGGAUGGCACUUCAAUUACGACGUCUUCAGCAACAGGCUGGCGGUGGCGGUCGGCACCGUCGCCCGUCCGCUAUUCUACGCCCAAGGUACGCGCGCCAUGAACUUUGGCGGCCUCGGCCUGCUCUUUGCGAGGCAGCUGGUCGGCGUCAUCGACGCACCUGACGUGCACAGAGGGCCGCAAGGCUGGCGAGUGGCAAUGGACGACGGCGCGGACGGCGGGAACGCGAGCCGCGGCCACUCGGAAGACGUUCGGGCCCUCGAGAUAGCAUUCACGGCACUCACCAACGCAGUCGCCAACGACCGGGACCAGGGCAACCAGCAGGAGCGGCUCGUCAGCCUCGAGGAUUUUACCGGCGACCAGCUUUUCUUCAUCACCGCCUGCUACAACUCCUGCCGGUGGUCUUCGCAGCGGCGAAUGUCGGUCGUGUGCGCAGGCGCCAGGCGCUUCGACAGCUUCGCCACGGCUUUCGGCUGUUCUAAUGGCCACACCCGUGGCGUUGUUGCCGCUAGCACCAUCAAGCCAAAUGCCACCGCGGUGUCUGGACCUGCCUGAAGUGCACCGUUUCACUCAUCGUCGCAAGUUAUAGCCUGUCUGCGAGGCCAGGCUCAUUCUACGAGAUUUUCUGAACAUGUAGAGCACCGAAGUAGGUCAACCUGAGACGUGCACUGAGCCCGCAGUCCUGGUGCAUGCGAAAUGUGGCCUCGCAGACCAUGGUUAUAGAUUUACAGUAGCGUUAGCAUGGACGCAGAGUUAUAGUGCGCUUUUUGUGUGUCGCGAGCGCCCUUUUUUCUGUUUUUCCUCUUCAGAGAUUCUUGUUUAGUGCGAAAUCAGUAAAUACUUGCGCUACAUUAUAGCUACAACUUAAGCAAUGUUUUGAUGGAUGAUAUGCCUCCGCCAGGACUAGUGGGGUUAAGAAAUGUGCGACGUUCUAGUGAUAGAGACACUGACAUUGUGGACACCGGGUCAUUCCGUGGUCAUCGUGAGAGUCACUUUCUCUUUUGCAAUUAGUGCGCGACACGCGACGAAGUGCGCUGUCACGCGUAACGCUGUGAUUGAGGUGUUACGUAAAGCACAGGACGUGUUGGUCAUAAGCAAAGCAGCGUCUGCGCUGAAUCGCCCGAAAGUUCUCCAUUCGCGUCAGCCUUCGGCGCUUGUCGAGCUAGUUGACAUGUGUGCAUCCAAAAGCCAGCACCUUCGAAAGCUGUGCACUUGUUUGGACGUUUCCUCCAGACAGCGACAUACUCAGCACGUACUGAAUUCCGCAUGCUACGAUGUUUAAUGUGUUUAUAAAGUAAAGACAGCAUGGUUUAUUCUUUAAA